AUGAGUAGAGUUGGUGUGGGGAGGCUUCCCUUGCCUGAGAAGAAGGAGAGGAGGAAUAGGCGAAGUGGGUGGGAGGAUGAUACCUGGAAAAGAGGACUACGAGCUAGUACAUUGACCUACAAUGAUGUGCAUGUGAACUUCACUCUAGAAGAGUGGGCUUUGCUGGAUCCUUCCCAAAGGAGUCUCUACAAAGAUGUGAUGCUGGAGACGUACAGGAACCUCACUGCUAUAGGUUAUAAUUGGGAAGGUCAUAAUGUUGAAGAGCAUUGUCAAAGUUCUAGAAGACAUUCAAGACAUAAAAGGACACAUAUAGAGGAGAAACCCCAUAAAUGUAACCAGUGUGGUAAAGCCUUUGCACACAACAGUCAUCUCCUAAGACAUAAAAGAACUCACACUGGAGAGAAACCUUAUGAAUGUAACCAGUGUGAUAAAGCCUUUGCACAGAGGAGUGCUCUCCUAUUACAUAACAGAACUCACACUGGAGAAAAACCCCAUGAAUGUAACCAGUGUGGUAAAGCCUUUGCACAUAGUAGUGAUCUCUUAAUACAUAAAAGAACUCACACUGGAGAGAAACCUUAUGAAUGUAUACAAUGUGGAAAAGCCUUUGCAUGUAAUAGUAAUCUUCAAAUACACAAAAGAACUCACACGGGAGAGAAAUCUUAUGAAUGCAAUGAAUGUGGUAAAGCGUUUUCAACUAACAGUAAUCUCCAUCUACAUAAAAGAACUCACACGGGAGAGAAACCGCAUGAAUGUGACCAAUGUGGUAAAGCCUUUGCACAGAGGAGUACUCUCCUCUCACAUAACAGAACUCACACUGGAGAAAAACCCUAUGAAUGUAACCAGUGUGGUAAAGCCUUUGCAUACAAGAAUGUUUUCAUAAUUCAUAAAAGAACUCACACUGGAGAGAAACCUUAUGAAUGUAACCAGUGUUGUAAAGCCUUUGCAGAUAACAGUCAUCUCUUAAGACAUAAAAGAACGCACACUGGAGAGAAACCUUAUGAAUGUAACCAGUGUGGUAAAGCCUUUGCAGAUAACAGUGUUCUUCUAAUACAUAAAAGAACUCACACUGGAGAGAAACCUUAUAAAUGUAACCAGUGUGGGAAAGCCUUUGCACGAAGGAGUGCUCUCCUAUUACAUAGCAGAACUCACACUGGAGAAAAACCCUAUGAAUGCAACCAAUGUGGUAAAGCCUUUGCAGCUACCAGUAAUCUCCUAGUACAUAAAAGAACUCACACUAGAGAGAAACCUUAUGAAUGUAACCAAUGUGGUAAAGGCUUUGCAGGUAAGAGUCAUCUCUUAGUACAUAAAAGAACCCAUACUGGAGAUAAAACUUAUGAACAUAAAUGAUGUGGUAAAGCCUUUGCAUGUAACAGUGAUCUCCUAAGACCUAAAGGA